AUGAUGUCGGCAGCAUCCAAGUGCGUAGAAAAUUGUAUACGGAAAAAAUUACAAAAUAGAUUUAACCCGACAGUAUUACAACUUGUUAAUGAAUCGUAUAUGCAUAAUGUAGCAAAAGGCUCAGAAACACAUUUCAAAGUUCUUAUUGUAUCUGAUGAAUUUAAAGGCUUGUCUUUGAUCAAGGUAAACUGAAUAAAAAUGAUUAAAUGUGUGAAGCCAUUUAUAAUAAACUAAUGUUGUUACAGAGACAUCGUUUGGUAAAUCAUUUACUAGCCGAUGAGUUAAAGUCAGGUGUACACGCAUUGUCAAUAGUGGCUAAAACUCCAGACCAAUGGAUAAAUGAACCGAUCGAAAGUAGUCCCAACUGCCGUGGAGGUUUUGGAACAUAA